GUAAUAAGACACCGCUUCGUACCAGAGCAUUGUGUUUGCACCUUCCGAGGUCUGGACUAUUAGUUCGUUGAUCAUGAAUUAUCUGUGGCAAUGUUGUUUUCUUUUUACAGUUGCCAAAGCAUUUGCGGUCCCUGAAGACGAUAUCAGUGUUGUGUGUCUUGAACAGUCUGUUCAUGUUAAGUGGAAACUGAAUAAAUCCAUGAGUGUGAAUCCCACUCGGCUAUUCCUGGGUAGCUGCUUUCCUUCACGGUUCUCAAACGUGACGAAUGACGGAGCAGAAGCUGAAUUUUACCAACCAAUUAGUGCGUGUGGGUUCAAACGAAUGGCAACAUGGAAAAGCUUAGUAUAUGAGAACAAGCUAACCUACAGGCCAUUGCCAAAGCCCUUCCCUCCUUCUUUCACCUAUCCAGUUAGAUGCGUGUAUGACAGACCAAAGGGUUGGACCCCUUCCUUCCAUGGCCUUCCUUCUAAUAUUAUACAAGGUCAUGGUGAACUGGCCUUUCACAUGGCAAUUCUCAACCAUGAUUUCAGUGGCCCUGCGCAGUCCAAUAUCUUUCCUUUGGGUUCUUUUGUUCCUAUUUGGGCCGGGGUGGACCAGCAAGCCCAUCAGCCAUUGAUCCUGCUUCUGGAAGAAUGUGUAGCCUCCACAACGAUGGAAAUCUAUCCAGACACCCUUACAUACCCACUCAUCACAAAUAAAGGGUGUCUUGUGGAUGGUAAGAACAGUUUCUCCAGUUUUUUACCAAGGUACCAGUCCUCCUCAAUCCUGCUUAAUCUUCAAGCCUUCAGAUUUGCUGUGGGACAAGAGGUAUACAUCCAUUGCAAAUUAAUUGUUUGGGACCCUGACAAUCUUAAUGAAUUGAAGAAGGCUUGCAAUUAUAAUAAAGCUACGGGAGAGUGGGAGCUUUUAGAUGACCCAUCCCGGAAUGCUCUUUGUCAAUGUUGUGAUUCCACUUGUGCACGGCAUGCAAAAAGGGACACAGAUUCCGUACCUCAAGGGCUGGUUCUAAAAUCCAUAUUGGGACCUCUGAUGAUUACUGAUGAUUGAACAUGUUACCCCAACAUGCCAGCCUUUAACUCUGAGCACAGGUUUGUAAUCUUGUUCCCAAAAUAAUCCCAUUAUUAUAAUCCUGUAUUAUUUGGAAUAUUUUUGAGUUACAUUUUAAUGUAUGUUGUAAUGUGUUUUGGGUGUUUUUCUUGUUUGUAAACUGCGGAGUAGAGAGGGAUGUAGUUUCCAUUUACAGAAUAAAUUCUAUAUUCAUUUAUCAGGUGCUGGAUUCCUAAUUGGGAGUCAUCAGGAGUCUGCUGCAUCUUGUACACAUCUUCAUGUGUUUCAUUAAAAGGCUGAAACAACAACUUUUUGAGUCUACUAUUGUUGUUGUUAUUAUUAUUGAAGCCGUUUACUCCUGCACUGAUCUUUUUGACCUUGAGUACCUUAGCACUGCACCCAUUCUCCCUUAUCCAACACACUUUAAUUCAACUAAUCAGCUUCUUUCCAAGGCUCCAAGACCUGAACUGGUUGUGUCUGAUAAGGGAGACAUCCAAAAUGUGCAUGACUAGGAUCAAGAAUGACUGCCUUAAGGUGCAACAUCAAUUUUCUUCAUCCCAAAUGGGUCAUGCAUUUUUUUUUUCUCAGUUGAAAAUUAUAUGAAUGACAAUUUGAAUAAAAUACUUUUGGCUCCAGUAAUAGAGCAGGUUUAUAACCAACAUUGAAAAGGGGUUUUGCUGGGAGUCAUAGAAUCCUACAGUUCUUUGGGUAUUUUAGAAAUCUGAAGAUGGUUCUGUCCAAGGGUCGGGGGUGUGCUUAAAUGUACUGCUACUUUUACAAUCCCCUGCAAUGCUACCCGAGAUUCCCACUUACUCCCCUAUGUGGUUCCAUUUGUGUUCUUUAGAACACAAAACGAGAUGUUGAAAAGGCAGUAUGUUCGCCCAGUCAGCAUUUACUUUCAUUGUUUGAAAAAAAUAAAAAGCUACGAAAGUGAAUGGUGACUGUGGCUGACAUCAUCUGCUUUUGCAUUCUAUAAAAUAAAGUCAGACCCCUCUGGAAUGACUUGAGAUGUGUAAAUAUACUAUUCAUUAUGGGGUGAACUUUCACCUUAGAGGAAUAUUCUGGGUUCAAUACAAAUUAAGCUCAA